UGGUAUCUCACAACUCAGCCAAGACGAACUCACCAGACGCCUAUGGCCACCAAAACCUACGGCAAUUUCUCUCGAUUUAUCGUUCCCGAAUCAAUUCAUCAACCCGAUCUUCACCUUUCGCUCAGUAAUCUUCGAAGUCACCUCGAUACGGGCUAUUAAGAGUUCAGCAGCCAUGGGUGAUAAUACGGUUAAUUUAACGGCCGAUGGAGGUGUUGUCAAGCAAAUCCUAAGGCGAGCUAAGGCUGAUGCACUUAGUCCGACAGAGGACCUUCCUCUCGUGGAUGUUCAUUAUGAAGGCACUCUUGCCGAAACUGGUGAAGUUUUUGAUACCACACAUGAAGAUAAUUCUGUGUUCUCUUUCGAGCUUGGAAAGGGAUCAGUCAUUCAGGCUUGGGACAUUGCAUUGAGAACCAUGAAGGUUGGGGAGGUAGCAAAAAUAACUUGCAAGCCAGAAUAUGCCUACGGCAGUGCAGGAUCUCCUCCAGAUAUCCCACCUAAUGCAACCCUUAUUUUUGAGGUGGAGCUACUGUCCUGCAGACCAAGAAAGGGCUCUAGUCUGGGCAGUGUUUCAGAGGAAAGAGCUAGGCUAGAGGAGCUGAAGAAGCAAAGAGAGAUUGCAGCUGCUGCCAAAGAGGAAGAGAAGAAGAAGAGAGAAGAAGCCAAAGCAGCUGCUGCUGCCCGUAUUCAAGCCAAGUUGGAAGCCAAGAAGGGUCAAGGAAAGGGAAAGGGCAAAGCAAAAUAGGGCCAUGUUCCAUUCUCAUUCACAAAAAGAUUAUAUAUAUUUAUUAAAUGGAUAUACCAAAGUGCAUUAUGAAGCGUGAUAGUUGACUAACAGGAAUAAUAUUAGUAAUAUAUGUUUGAUAACCAUAAGUUAGGGGCUA